AUGAGCUGCCAGAUUGGUCAGGACUACUCCUCUGGGGUGGAGAUGUAUGUCAACUGCCUGGUCAACUUGUAUAUAUGGGCGGUCUACACCUGCAUUUCUCUAGGCUUCUAUCUCAACCAUGAAGAUGUUGCUCUGGAGGGCAAUAGCCACUUCUGCGAAUUGGUCCCAGGAGAAAAGAUAUUCAGAAGCCAUCACAAGAUGAGUGAGGGUAAAAUGCAGGAUGCCACAGAAGAACCUGAACCUGGCUCUUCUGGAUUUGCAUUUCCCAGAGAGCCAUUUCUUAGAAGACGUGAAAACUAUCAGGAAGAUAACCACCUCACUAACCUCUGCAGAUUGGAGUGCCCCCAGAGUGAGGUGGGCAAGGAAAAGAGUGACCCUCAAGCAGGACUAGGGGACUCCAGAGCCCUGCAGCCUUUAAGGAAAUGA